GGAAACCACUCAGCACAAACUCAGUUCCACUAAGAGGGAGCAAGGAGACACUGUUCUGUAAAAAAUGACCAGCAUCUAUAAAGGAGUCAUUCAAGGACAAAGAGAAAUAUCAGAGAUGUGAUGAUGGAUGACAGCUCACUGCCAAGCAUGAAGAUAACCUAAAGAUGCACACACGGAUGGGGAAAAAAGCGCACUGAUAAAGGAGAGGUCUGGUGCGAGCAUCCGACCCAGAUACAGAUUCACCCAGCUGACAGAACUGCAGCGGGUCUCACAUCUGCCAACCUUUGGCUCCACCUGUGACUCGGAUCAUAUCUCUGCAUCUGAACUAAGCCAAAACCAGGAUACGUGUUUGUGGAGCUGACCGGAGAGGUGAAAUAACGGACACUUGUUGCUCAUCUCAUUAGGUAAACCUCCUGUCGGCAGCCAGAAGUGCUCAGUGAAGAGUCUGGUGCGCACAUGGCACCGAAAACGCGCUCUUCACACUCUUGACAGUCGCGCUAUUAAUAUGGAGCCACACACUAGACAAUGAGGCCUACCUACUGAAUGGGUGCUUAACCUACUUCACAUCAAACCUUGUCUGUUAAAGCCGGGCUUUUCCCACUGAAAUUUGAUAUUUUUUUGGGAACUUUUGGUGCAUGGUAAAAAGCGCAGAGCCAUGCUGGGUUUAAACAGGAUUCUGAGCCUCCGGGCUGCCCGGAUUCGGAGCUGUGGUCCUCCGGGAGCCAAACUCUCACCCCGGUCUUCUUCAUGCCAAAACCCCGGUGCCAGUUCGAGGAUUUACUGUGCCUGUCUGUUGCUGCUACUGCUGGUGACGCCUCGGGUGGACUCUUCGUGGUGGUACAUCAGUGCGCUGGGGGCCCGUGUGAUCUGUGACAACAUCCCAGGCUUGGUGAACAAGCAGCGGCAACUCUGCCAGCGCCACCCAGACAUCAUGCAGGCCAUCGGCGAGGGCACCAAAGAGUGGAUCAGAGAGUGUCAGCACCAGUUCAGACACCACCGCUGGAACUGCAGCACCCUGGACCGCGACCACACCGUGUUUGGACGUGUCUUGCUACGGAGCAGUCGUGAAGCAGCAUUCGUCUACGCCAUCUCCUCAGCAGGAGUGGUGUAUGCGCUCACUCGCGCCUGCAGCCAGGGGGAGCUGAAGACGUGUAACUGUGACCCGCACAAGCGUGGACGGGCUAGCGAUGAGAGAGGAGAGUUUGACUGGGGUGGCUGUAGUGAUAAUAUCAACUAUGGGAUAAAGUUUGCCAGAGACUUCAUAGAUGCCAAAGAGAGGACUGUCCGAGAUGCACGGGCGCUCAUGAACUUACACAACAACCGCUGUGGCAGAACAGCAGUGAAGCGGUUCAUGAAGCUGGAGUGUAAAUGUCACGGUGUGAGCGGCUCUUGUACGCUGCGGACAUGUUGGAUGGCCAUGGCAGAUUUCAGGAAGACCGGUGACUUCCUGAGGAAGAAAUACAACGGGGCCAUCGAGGUGACGAUGAAUCAGGAUGGGACAGGCUUCGCUGUAGCAAACAAAGCCUUCAGAAAGGCCACCAAGAAUGACCUGGUCUACUUUGAGAACUCUCCGGAUUACUGCCUACAAGACAAAACAGCAGGCUCCCUGGGCACGGCUGGGCGGGUCUGCAAUAAGACAUCACGCGGCACAGAUGGCUGUGAGGUAAUGUGCUGUGGGCGGGGCUACGACACCACGAGAGUGAAGCAAAUCACGAAGUGUGAAUGCAAGUUCAAAUGGUGCUGCGCUGUGGAGUGUAAGGACUGUGAGGAAGCGGUGGACAUACACACAUGCAAAGCUCCCAAACGAGCUGAAUGGUUGGACCAGACCUGAGGACACGCCCCCUCUGCCCCCUGUUAUGCAACCCCUACCCCUUUCCCCUUUCCAGGACAUCCUGUGGAACAUGGCAUUCUGGGAAAGUUUGUCUGAAAGUGCUCUGCGUCUCCGCCCUCCCCUGCCCCCACCUCGGUUCAUCAUUGCAUGGCUUUUCUACCUGUCUCUCUGAAAGCACUAGAAUUCAGUACCCAUCAAUAUGAAUUAACAACCAUUAGCCCCUGUUUCUGAAUGGCCCUGUGACUGAACUGCUGGGAUCAGAUAAUGAACGGUGAAACCAGUGAACACUUUAGGGUUUGGGUGGAUUGGGCUUCCAUUUAAGAUUCAGUCCAGGCAGCCUUUUUUCUAGCGUGUGGUUCUGGGUUAAAAUGGUUUGCUGCUUUCCUGAUGCUUUAAAGACACAUUUUUACAUUAACUGAGCCUACAAACGUAUCCAGUAUUAUAACAACAACAUCAUACACUCACAUAACUUUCUUUCUUUUUUUGAGGAAAUACACUUUUAUCUACCAAAAACUUGGUUGGACUUUGGGAAGUAGCUUGACAAGUGCACUUUGAGAAGUGGACAUCUGGGCGCAAGUUUGGCUCUGUGUGGCCAAACAGUAGUCCAAGCAGAGGACUACCAGAGGACAGGGAGAUGGACACUAGAUGAAUAAAUGGACAGAUGCAUCAUUGGGACUUUGAAUGCAACUGUAAAAAAAAAAAAGAGAGAGAGAGAGAGAGAGAGAGAGAGAGAGAGAGAGAGAGAGAAAGCUGUUUAAAGUGAUUUAUUUAAAUUGUAAAGUGUUGUUUCAUUUCUCAUCUGCGGAUGAGACUGCACUACAUUGGCUGACAAAAGGUGAGAGAAAAGAACACUCCUAUUAUUAUUAUUAUUAUACAGUGUACUCUAGUUUUCUUUGUGUAAGACGACAAACUGCUGCUGAGAAAAAAAGAAGAAGAAAAAGAAGAUGGCCUCACUGGUCAUUCAGUCACACAUAACCACAACAUCAGACAGAUUUCAAUUCUCUGCUCUCCAGCUUGCUCGUGUAACAUUGUGUAUAUUGCCUUAUCUAAACAGAUGUUCAUAUGAAAUAUAUGGUGAAUCAGUA